CCAACAUCGUUCAACGCCGCGUGACGAUAGCUUUCAAUUAACGGUUUACGGAGCUGGGACACGCUUGUUGUUCACCAUAUUUGUUACAUUGUUGAACCUAUUGUGUCGUUCUCUACCCGAGAUUCAAAUUUCUUUUAUAUAAUCAACAUGGAAACCCUUAGAGAUGGUCUGCUCGUAGGAAUGGGCAACCCACUGUUGGACAUUUCGGCUGUUGUGGAAAAAGAUCUACUCGCCAAGUACGAUAUGUUGCCGAAUAAUGCUAUCCUUGCCGAGGAAAAACACAUGCCGAUCUACCAGGAGCUGAUAGAAAAGUAUCAGGCCGAGUACAUAGCCGGUGGCAGCGUUCAAAAUUCUCUUCGCGUAGCGCAAUGGAUUUUGCAAAGGCCGCGCACAGCCGUAUUUUUCGGCUGCGUCGGAGACGACACGUACGCUCGCAUUCUCGAACAACGCGCCACAUCGAGCGGGGUGAAUGUCCAAUACCAACAAUCUCUAACCAAACCGACUGGCACGUGUGCGGUACUGGUAACCGGUACCCAACGAAGCCUUUGUGCGAAUCUAGCCGCUGCAAAUGAUUUUACUCUCGAGCACUUGCAAAGCGAUACCAACAAAGAAUAUCUUAAGCAGGCCCAAUAUUUCUAUGUGUCAGGCUUUUUUUUCACGGUCAGCUUUGAAAGCGCGUUGGCGGUGGCUAAGGAUGCGGCUGCGACCGAUCGAAUGUUCAUGAUGAACCUUAGUGCUCCGUUCGUACCUCAAUUUUAUAAAAGCAAUCUCGAGGAGAUAUUCCCAUUCGUGGAUGUACUUUUUGGCAACGAGACGGAAGCAGUAACCCUUUCGAAGGAAUUCAACUAUGGCACCGAAGACUUGCGAGAAAUUGGUAAAAAGCUCGUUUCGCUGCCGAAACAGAACUCCCAAAAGCAACGAAUUGUUAUCAUUACGCAAGGUAGCGAUCCUGUUCUCUUAAUAGAGAACGAAAUAUCCGUGCGAGAGUUCCCAGUGCAAAAGUUGACCACAGCCGAAAUGGUUGACACGAAUGGUGCAGGCGAUGCUUUCGUCGGAGGUUUCUUGGCUCAACUUCUGCAGGGUCGCGUAGUGGACACUUGCAUUGAGUGCGGUAUAUGGGCGGCACGAGAAAUUAUUCAGCGAUCCGGGUGUACAUUUGAAGGAAAACCAGCUUUUUCAGCUUCCAAGUGAUACAUAGCUA